UAAAAGUUGCUGAUGGAGUGACACCUUCCUCAUCUCUCAUUGGGGAGGAGGAGCCUCAGAUCCUCUAAAAAUAGUGGAAAGCUGAAGAAAAAAAGUGUUGAAAUUCUUUGAGAAUAAGGCUGAAGAUGAUGUUUUCCUUUUUCUUUCUUCUUUUAUUAGAGAUCCCUCAUCUAAACGGGCAGCAGAGGAUUGAGGAGUUUGAGCACAUUGUGCUGAGAUUCGUCUUCCCGUCAUUUUACAAUAGUCACAACAAGUCCUGCUGUAAACUCUACCCGGGGGGUUGUUUCAAGCUGCUGGAUAGCACAGGAUACACAUGUGACUUACUGAGAGGAAGAGCCACAAAAACUGAGCACGAUGGCUGGAUCGAAUUCAAAAUAUCAAAUGUGCGGUUUGUGGAUGGAGGCUACUACAGAUGCAUCGUGCUGGGAACCCAAAACCGCAUCUACAGGGACUACUAUGUGGAGAUCUCAGAGGCUUCGAUUCACCACAGUCCGUCUCAGCCUCCACUGACAACGACCAUCAAAGCCCUCGACACCUCCACAUCACUCCCCACAGACUCCUCUGGGCCUGUUCUGUCCCAGGACCACGGCGAGAGUCCCAGAGCCCCCUGGAGCUUUGCCCUGCCCCUAACUGUCAUUGUGUCCACUACUGUGAUUAUUUUCAUUACUUUGGUUAUCGGUGUUUUUUACCUCAGAGCGAAGCCAAAACGUGAACAGCUGGACAAACAUGGAGAAACUCUGAGUGAGUCAUUCAAACAAGAUGCCCUGGAAAUGAGCGGCGUGGUCUACACGACAGUGGACUUCAGAGCUCAUCAGAAACCCACAGAGGUGUACGCAAACCUGAGGAUGCACCAGACCCGAGUGGGAGACUCCGACGCAGAACAUGCUGACACGGUGGAGUACUCCACGCUGGCAAUUCACCACCAGUGAAUUCAUGUGACUGUUGAAUUAGCCUCUGGGUUUUAAUGUGGGGCUGAUUUCAUUUGAUAACACCACAGUCUUUUUUUUCACAUUACAUCUCGGUUCAAAAGUAAUGGUUAGCACUAUUCUGGGGAGUGUGGGGUUUGAAACACAUCGAAGGCAUAAAAACAUGAAAAUAUAAUGGCAUUAAAGGAAUGAUCUCUCUCCAAUAAAGGCAACAAGUUUGUGUGGA